GGCCGGAUCGAAGGCUAUAUAUAAGGAAGAGGUGAUCAUCAGGAGUUGCCACAGCUAGCACAGCACUCAUAAGUUAAGUUGUAUAGCUAGAGAUAGAUCGAGCGAGCAGCUAUCUAUCUAUCUAUCUUAGCGGCAUAUAUCGCGAAACAUAGCUAGCUGGAGUGAGUUUUGUAAUCAUGGACGUCGCCAACAAAGUAGGCAAGCAGCUUAAGUUCGACGUCUCGUCGAAGGCGGACCGGCAACGCUUCAAUACGACUUUCAUCCAGGAGAUUCGCCGUGAGCUCGGUGACACAAGCGUGAUGCAGGAGGCGUUCCAGCUCCCGCCUCAGACGGACACCCCGAGCUUCCAGGACCUCGUGCUGAUCGCCGGCGAGAGCACCGCCACCCUGCGGCUGCGUACCGACAACCUCUACGUCGUCGGCUUCCGCAACCAAGCCGGCCGGUGGUUCGAGUUCCGGCACGAGAACGGCGGACUUCCUCCGAUCAUACCAGGGGCGACGAUGCUGCACUUCAGCGGGAGCUACGUGGGCACCAACAGUCUAGCUCCGCUAAAUCGUCCACGAGAUGUCAAUAUCGGUCGCCACACGAUCGAGAGUGCUGUGCACAGCCUGGCCCAGUCGACGGGAGAAGAGGAUCAAAGGCUGAAAGACUGGUUGCGCACGCUGAUCGUGAGCUUCAUCGAGUCGAUCAGGUUCAACUCGGUGGCCAGCGCGGUGGCCGAAGCGCUGCGCAACGACCAAGUAAAUCAGCUCGAGGAGCACCACAUCCACCAAAUCCGCAACUGGAGUGCCAUCUCCACGGCGCUACUCGCCGCCGCCAACGACGUCGUCCAAGACCCCGACACCAACCUCUUCAGCCAGUUCGCCAACGAGUGCAGGAUACGCAACGCCUACCAAGCGGCCAUCACGCUCGGCCUGGUGCUCGUCACGGCCAGGACCAAUCGCCGCCAUCCCCGCGCGGCCGACACCGCCGCCCUCGGGCUCACCCUUGUGGAAGUCGUGUCGGUGCGGAUCCUCUACAUCGACGGGGAAAGACCCGGCGACCUCUACGGGACGGUCAGAGUCGUCGACUCCUUCGGCGGCGUGCACGUGUACGACCAGCCCAGAGGCAGCGCGCAGUCGGUCUACCCCGGGGACAACGCCAAGCUCGUCUGGCCGUCUCGUGUCGUGUCGGCCGCCGACGACUUCGUCAUCGACGUCCACCUCAUGGACCGGGACACAGACCCAUCGCCGGACGAUGAGGUGGCCAAGGGGAUGGUGGCGUGGAACUCCCGCGACGCCCUCAGCAGCCACCGCAACGUCGUGACGAGCCAGCUCAUCACGGGCGAGUACGGCUCGGCACAGGUCUUCUACGCGGUGUUGACCAACGCCGUGGUGGCCACCGUCGCCGUCCUGCUCAUCAACGGCGACGACGAGAGCGUCCCCGACGUGUACGGCUCCAUCACAGCCAGGACCGACAUGUCCGCCGCCAGCAACUCGCUCCAGUACCAGCUGUUCAAAAGGGGGCAGAACCAAGAUGUGGGUGUGCCGGCCAAUACCUACAUACCCCUUAACAGGAAGGUGGUCGCGGCGGCGCUGGGCUCGCCGUUCAAGGUGGACGCCGACCUGUGGGACAGAGACAGGGACCCCUCCCCUGACGACCAGAUCGCGCUAGGCUCCGUCUCCUUCAACCCACGCUUCGUCGGCACGGACAAUGCCAGGAUCACCGGGAAGUACGGCGAGAUUGAGGUGCAGGUCACCUGGUCAUCCUCCGUCAUCCAACCCUAGCUAGGUCAUCCAUCUUAUUACAAUAAUAAUGAAUAAACCAAGAUCGAGCGAAUCCAACGAUUCCUGCAUAGAUAAGAUCGAUCGAUCGAUCGAUCUCGAAGUGUUUAGUUUUUGUAUGCCAAUAAACCGCAUGCAUGCUUGCGGGGAUCAAUAAAUAAAUGUUCUACUCUA